AUGGCACUUCACACUCCGAAGACUGUGGUUGUUCUUUUCGUCUUCUUGUUUUUGACUUCGAAGGUCAGCGCAAGCCCUCGUUCCGGAUGUCGGCUGCGUGGCUGCACUGGAACAGUGUUCAAGAUCAAAGAUUCUGACCUAAGCCUUGGGUCUUUUUCAAAGGCCAGGUGCGGUGGCGAUUGCAACAAAUAUCGAAUUUGUCGGGGAAGAGCCAGAUGCCGCAUUAAAACGAGAACUGAAGUCACCUGGAACGAAAUGCUUGCGCUAGAGAGAUUUGCAAAUGGCGAAGAAAGCAUCUUCAAUUGGACUUCGCGGGAUGCUGAAGCGGGUGCGACCCUGUCUCGAAUGAGCGUAUUCUCCGAAUCAAUUAUAAAGCUCAAAGCCGCACCAGUUGGGAAAUGUAAUUGCCGGUGCAGGGAGAAGUACAGAGAUCGAUGCCCAAGGACGCCACGAGCGAGCAGUACUGCGCGGCAAAUGUUUGGAACCUCUCUAUCAAGGGAUCCAGAGGAAAGAAGAAUUCAGAGGAUCAAGGCCUACAACAACUUGUGA